AUGAAGAUUAUCGAAUUGCAGUUCAACAACAGUCUAUUUGGAUCAUUCGAUGACCCACUUCUCAAUGCAAGAGCUGCUGCUCUCGCUGAUAUCGAUGUCAAGAAUGUUCCUCAGUUGACGAAUCCAUUGAUGAGACCUCAUGAUAUGUUCAGCUAUAGCAACUACUUCACAGGAAUACCUGAUACUUCUGCUGCCACCAAUAUCUAUCAAGGUCUUCCAAGCUCUUCUGAACCUUUCGAUGCUUCUGUUGUCGUUCCAACGUCUUCUGAAGAUCAAAUGACGCCUCUGCAACAAGUGAUGGCUAUGCAAACCUACGGAGCACCACCACAGUUUCAAUACAAUAUGAGCCAUAUGACACAACAUUUCACUACCUCCUCACUCUCUACCUCCAACAACAUCACUCGAUAUCCGAUUGCACCUCCAACUUCUGAAUUGGAAACUGAUCCGAGACAAUUAGAAACAUUUGCGGAGCAUUUUAAACAGAGAAGAAUAAAAUUGGGAGUUACACAGGCUGACGUUGGAAAAGCGCUUGCUCAUCUAAAAAUGCCUGGAGUCGGAUCUCUUUCCCAAUCGACGAUUUGCCGUUUCGAAUCUCUAACUCUUUCACAUAACAAUAUGGUUGCACUGAAACCAAUCCUUCAUUCCUGGUUGGAAAAAGCAGAAGAGGCAAUGAAGCAAAAGGAUACGAUUGGAGAUAUCAAUGGAAUUCUUCCGAAUACGGAUAAGAAAAGAAAGAGAACAAGUAUUGCAGCACCUGAGAAGCGAGAGUUGGAACAGUUUUUCAAACAACAACCCCGUCCAUCUGGAGAGAGAAUCGCCUCUAUUGCUGAUCGUUUGGAUUUGAAAAAGAAUGUUGUGAGAGUAUGGUUCUGCAAUCAGAGACAAAAACAAAAACGAGAUUUCCGUUCUCAAUUCCGUGCCAGAAGUGCAGCAGCCGUAAUGGGUCCCCGAGUGAUGCCUGUGGUAGCUGGAAAUGGAUCAAAUAAUAAUCUGAAACAGGGUCAAGGACCAUAUAAUGGUCUUCCAGGAUUCUUUGAUUAA